AUGGCCCAAGUUUCUCUAGAAGUAUGGUGGAACGGGCUCCACGCCUUAUUCCCCACCACCAAGGGAGAAUUGUCAACAGAUCAAACCAAGGAAGGAGACACAGAGAUGGACGACGACGACGACCAAGUAUUUGAGAGGUUUUCCGAUUUCAUGAAGGAUGGUGGUUGCAAAGAUUCUUUUAAGUCUUUAGUAGACUGUCUUGAGCCUAAUCCAAGAAUGGCUAAGUGUAAGGAACACCUUCCCGUUCUGAAAAAGUGUAUGGAUGCUCGCAUUAAUUACUAUGAGCCGAUUCUCGCUCUUGCGAAAGCUACAGAGGAAAAGACCUUUGCCUUCGCCAAAGAGGAAAUACGAAAGAUGGACCUGGCUGCCAUGAACCGAGCUCAAGCUGGGGGUGACUGA